UGUCGAGAUUCGUGGUGUAAACGUUCAGUCUUGAAUUGUCUGUUUUUCAAGCAACAAUGAUGAAGUUCUCGGCACUCCUGCUUGUAACACUGUGCUUCGCUUCUGAAGCCCUUGCAAAAAAAGGAUUUGGUCCUGGAGAACAAGAAUGGGGAUACGUGAAAGUACGACCGACCUCGCAUAUGUUCUGGUGGCUUUAUUAUACCACCGCGAACGUAUCUUCCUACUAUGAGAAACCGUUGAUUAUCUGGUUGCAAGGUGGGCCCGGGGCAUCCUCCACAUCCUAUGGCAACUUUGAAGAACUUGGACCUCUGGACGUCAACUUGAAGCCGAGGAAUUUCACUUGGGUGAAAGAUUACAACGUUCUCUUCAUCGACAACCCAGUCGGCACGGGCUUCAGUUAUACCACUACGCUAGGAGGAUAUACGACAACGAAUGCAGAGAUCGCAUACGAUCUCUUGGAAUGUAUAAAAGGUUUCUUGAAACAGCUACCGAAAUUCGCUGAUGUGCCCACAUAUAUCACCACUGAGUCUUAUGGAGGAAAAAUGGGUGCAGAAUUUGCUCUUUCAUGGUACAAGGCACAACAACAAGAAAAAAUUAAGAGUAACUUGAAGGGUGUAGCCCUUGGUGACGCCUGGAUCUCCCCCAUUGAUUCCGUGAUGACUUGGGCACCCUUUUUACUCGCCACAGGUAUGGUAGACACUGACGGCUAUGAGAAGAUCAACAAAGCAGCUCUACGAACAAAAGAGGCCGUAGAUAACAAAAGAUGGACAAACGCAACCAAGCUGUGGAGCUAUACCGAAGGAGUGAUUGAUGAAGUUACUAAUAAUAUCGAUUUCUAUAACAUUCUAACGAAAAUGGAACCUGAUAGCAAUCAGCUCUCCCUUAUGCAAAGGCUUGUAUCAGAACCAACAUUUGCUCAAGAAUAUUCCGUCUUCAGCCAGGAAUCCUUAAGCAAGCUGAUGAACGGCCCUGUAAAAGAAAGCCUUAAUCUACCUUCUAAUCAUGGCACCCAAUCCAGUCUGGUGUUCAGCAAAUUGGGAGGAGAUUUCAUGAAGCCUGUUAUCCAUAUAGUGGAGAGUUUGUUGAAUGAAACUAAACUAAAGGUUGUGGUAAUCAGUGGUCAUAUGGACCUCAUCGUUGACACUCCAGGCACUCUACGCUGGGUUGAAAAGAUGCAGUGGAAGGACGCUAAUUCCUGGCACAGGUCCGACAGAGCUCCCUUGGUAGUAGAGAACAUUAUUGAAGGCUAUAUGAAGUCUUAUGGCAAUUUCUCUAUGUACUGGGUCAACAGAGCCGGACACAUGGUACCAAAGGAUAAUCCAGCAGCAAUGGCAUGGAUAUUAAAGGAGUUUACAAAAUAACAGGCAAAUCAUUUGAAAAGGCUGAUUGCAUGAAAUGGAACCUAACAUUGAAUGAAUGAAAAUUAGGACGAACUAAAUAAAUUAAGGAAGUUACAAAAA